ACACAAACACAAUAGCACAAAAAAAGAAAGGGUGCUUGCAAAUUAGAAGACAUAGCCAGAGAGGGUGAAAAAACAAAGAUGGCUAUGGCUACAAAUGAAGCUAAUAAGAAAACAAUGGAAAUAAGUUCAGCACCAAUAACACCAAGAACAAGGACACCAAUGGUGUCAUCACCACCAGUUUCAUGUCCACCCUCUCAGAUUCACUCACCAUCACUAACAAGGUCACCACUUCUGCAUUCAGAGAAUGGAGAUGAAGUAGAUGGGAUUACAACAAGUAAAACAAAGACACCAAAGACACCAAGAACACCAAGAACACCAAGAACACCAUUAAGGAUCUCAAAUUUGACACCAAGGUUUAUCACACCUUUGGGAAGCCCUGUGAGGAAAGCACUCAGGUUCACAAAGCUUGAUCCUCAUGAUGCUUGGCUUCCAAUCACUCAAUCAAGGAAUGGAAACAAGUUCUAUGCUGCUUUUCAUACUCUUUGUUCUGGGAUUGGAAUUCAGGCUCUUAUUCUUCCUUUCUCCUUCACUGUUCUUGGUUGGACAUGGGGAAUAAUCAGUUUGAGUGUAGCUUUUGUAUGGCAAUUAUACACUCUAUGGUUGUUGGUGCAUCUUCACGAAUCUGUGGAGCAUGGAAUUCGUUUCAGUCGAUACCUUCAACUCUGUUUUGCUACAUUUGGGGAGAGACUGGGAAAAGUGCUAGCAAUGUUUCCAAUAAUAUACCUAUCAGCAGGGACAUGCACAACCAUAAUAAUAUUGGGAGCAUCAACAGCAAGAACAUUCUACCAAAUCAUAUGCGGGACCACGUGCACCGCAAAGCCCAUGACCACAGUAGAGUGGUACCUAGUGUUCACAUGUGUGGCAGUGGUGUUGUCCCAGUUGCCAAGUUUGAACUCCAUUGCUGGGGUUUCACUCAUUGGUGCUGUCACUGCUGUAGGGUAUUGUACCGCCAUUUGGAUCACCUCUGUUGCUCAGGGUACCCUACCUCGUGUUAACUAUAAUCCUGUUAGGCAUGGAACCAGUGCUAAGGAUGCUUUUAAUAUUCUUAAUGCACUUGGGAUUGUUGCCUUUGCUUUUAGGGGACAUAAUCUCAUCCUCGAAAUUCAGGCCACUAUGCCUUCAAGCGAGAAGCAUCCAUCGCACGUGCCAAUGUGGAAAGGAGUGAAGGCUUCAUACGCACUCAUUGCUGCAUGCUUAUUUCCCCUAUCCAUUGGCGGCUAUUGGGCUUAUGGCCAAAUGAUUCCUUCGGGAGGAAUGCUGACUGCACUAUACAUGUUCCAUUCUCAUGACGUAUCAAGAUUUGUGCUGGGAUUGACGAGUUUAUUCGUAGUAAUCAAUGGUUUGUGCUCAUUCCAAAUCUAUGGCAUGCCGGUUUUUGAUGACAUGGAAUCAAAUUACGUAAAGAUGAAGAAGCAGCCGUGCCCAUGGUGGCUGAGGGUAAUUUUCAGGAUCUUCUUUGGGUUUAUCUGCUUCUUCAUUGCUGUUGCAAUUCCAUUCUUGUCAAGCUUGGCAGGUUUGAUUGGAGGAAUUUCAUUGCCUGUGACAUUGGCAUACCCUUCCUUCAUGUGGCUCAAGUUUAAGAAGCCCAAGAAAUUUGGUCCUUCUUGGUGUAUCAAUUGGUUCUUGGGGAUCUUAGGGAUGUGCCUUAGUGCCCUUCUUGUUGCAGCUAGCAUCUAUGUUAUUGUUGAUACUGGUGUUAAUGUUAGCUUCUUCAAUCCUAAGUAAGGAGAUAGAACAAUUAAUGUACCAUGUUUUGAACUUCUCAUAAGUUCUGACUUUUGUUCUGGUUGAUUUAUUAUGUAACACAUUAGCUUUGUGGGUUGUUAAUAUCUUAUUCUUUUUUUUUUUUUAAUAUAUUGGAUGAUGUAACAAAGUGAUAAACUAGCUAGAUGAAUAAGUACUAAAAGGGUUUGUGAUUCUUCUUUAAGUAUUAUUUUUGCUUUUUGUAGAAAUUCAAAACUGUUAUAGCAAUUUUCACUAGUGUGAAGUGUGAACGUGUACUAAUUGUUCCAAAUGAAAAAGAUAAGAUUAAUGAA